AUGACCACAAACACAAGGGUUAUUGCGGAUGCCAGCCCGGUAGGACUUGGCGCUGUUUUAGUUCAGGAGGUGAAUGGGCAGAGCAGCACUGUGUGCUAUGCAGGAGUCUUAGUGAUGUAGAGUGGAGGUAUAGUUAAACAGAAAAAAAAGCUUUAGCUCUGGUAUGAACAUGUGAAAGGUUUAAUUUGUACCUGAAUGGCUUGCCUGGGUUUCACCUAGUGACUGACCACCAAGCCCUGAAGACCAUAUUUGGCCCAGGAUCGAAGCCAUCAGCACGUAUUAAACACUGGGUAUUGCGAUUACAGUCUUUUAACUACAGAGUGUGCUUUGUCUCAUCAAGGAACAACAUUGCUGAUGCACUGUCUCGUUUAACAAAAAUCCCAGCAUCACAGGGGUAUAUUCAAGAUGAAGAAUAUGUAAGGGAAGUCACUCUCCUACCAGUGGCCUUGAGAAUUGAGGAAACAGAGGAAGCCUCCACACAAGAUGAAGACCUAAGAGUUGUUCAUGCACAUUUGCAGAGUGGUGACUAGAGCAAAGUGCCUAAGGAUUUUGCAGUGGUACGAAAUGAACUAACUUACCUUGGCCAGGUAGUAUUACGAAGAACAAGAAUUGUAAUCCCAGAAAAACUUCGGAAGAGUUCUUGAUUUAGCCCAUGAGGGGCAUCAGGGCAUUGUGAAGACUAAAGAACACUUAAGGUCCACAGUAUGGUGGCCUGGGAUCGAUCGACACGCCAAAAAGCAACAUAGAGAGUGUUUUGGCUGUCAGCUAGUCAACAAACAUGUCCUACCCCCACUAAUUAAGCCCACAAGGUUACCUGACAGAGCAUGGCAAGAGAUAGCCCUGGACCUGCCAGGACCACUGCCUGGGGGAGAGUAUUUGCUGGUAGUGGUAGACUACUUCUCCAAAUGGCAAGGCAAGGGAUCCCUUGGAGAAGGAGGAACCCACCGAAAUGGAUGUCGUAUGGCUAAACAUCAUCAUUGAACUUUUUAGAGAAAUCUACUCUCCAGGAACUUCACGGGAAAAUCGCAGCAGUCAUCGAAGAACCGAAGGCCCUCAAACAGGAAAUUUUUGA